GGCGACGGGAAGAGGAGGUGACUUGUGCAGAGCGACGUGGCUAUGGUGUAGUUUUCUGCCCGCGUCCUUCGCGCCGUCGUAAGAGAGAAGGGUGUUGUUGCGUGCAUGCCUGGUUGGAAGACGGCAGGGUGUGUGUGUGCGUGUUUUUCAAGCGUGGUCGUAGGACGGCAGGGUGUGUGUGUGUGUGGCUUGCACGCGCGCGCUGGCGGGCGAGAGUGAAGAGGGUGGGUGUUCUCUCGCGCGCGCCAGAGACAGGUAAGGUAGGGUCGUGGUGCCUGCGUGUGACACGUGGGACGACAGAGGGGGGAGGAGGGGGCCGAAAAGUGGGGUGCCAGCUGUCGUCCGGGUCGGGACCUUGAUGGCGGGGAACGGGGGAUCGGCUACGGAGAACUCUUUUCGCGCGACCGACACGUGGCGUCGGCAUCCGAUGCUAUCCCGACAGGGGAGAAAGGCGUUGCCCGGCAUGGGUAUCGCCAUCGUGCUAUUCUCGGGCUACCUUUUUGUGGAGGGCAUGUCGCGGAAGCUGGCGGAAUCCUCAUCAUCCUCUUCGGCCAAAGGUCAUUAGGGCCAUUAAGCGCCUACGGUAGCAUGACCGGGGUCGUUUUUUGGCUGGAGGGUCGUUUGGCCCGGGCGGUGGCGAUGGCGAUUACGGCGUUAUGUGGAUUGCCAGCCCGGCAGGCAUUCAUUGGCGGCGCAUGCGCGACACUCGCAACAACAGCGCAUCCGCAACGGCGACUCUCGGAGCGUCUAACGGCGGCGAAUCCGCCGCCGCAGCUACUCGCGGAGCGUCUGACUGCGGCGAAAUCGGGAAAACGAGGGUUGAUGACAGGCGCAACAAGGAUCUGGGGGAAUAGGCAUGGGGGGGGCGGGGAUUGCGGGGGAAGCGGAGCGGUGGAUGCGGUGCGCGGGGUGGGAUGGCACGGGUUUCACCGCGGAACGCUGACACCACUCAUGACAGGCUUGUUGGUGUCCCAGUUAUGGCCAAUGAGGAGUGAAGGGGUGGGUGAUGACGGGGAUCGCAGGGGGGGGGGAAGAAUCUGUGGCGCAGAGAAGGGGAGGCAGCGCAUUCGGACGAUGGGAGGACGGACUGGGGGAUUCGGCGGGCAGGAUGGUAGCGGAGAGCGCGUGGGGGCGCGCGACCAGGUAAGGUGGGGGGAAGCGGAGGAGGAGGAGGAGGGCCGUGUCGAAGGCAAGGAGUUGGCGGGAAACAAGCUGCGUUGGCGGGAGGAGGAGAACCGUCUACGUGUCCGCGCAGUAGCAGAGUUCCAUGACCAGGCAGCUGCCGGUCAUAUGGGCUUCCACAAGACGUUGGCUCGUGUGAGCCGCCUGUACGUCUGGCCGAAGCGCAAGGACUUUGUGAAGGACUACGUCGCAGAGUGUCCCACCUGUCAGGAGGUGAACAGUGCGAACCACCUACCUUAUGGUUUGCUCCAGCCUCUUCCUAUCCCUGAGGGUCGUUGGCAGUCCAUCUCGAUGGACUUUAUCGGUCCUCUUCGACCUCCGACCCCCCGUGGUCAUGAUUCUAUCCUGGUCGUCGUCGACCGCUUCACGAAGCGUGCACGCUUUGUUCCGUGCCUCUAUGCCAUCAGUGCACGUGAGGUCGCCGACAUCAUAUUUGACCGAGUCGUGCGUGACCACGACUUACCUCUGAGCAUCUUAUCUGACCGUGACCCGCGCUUUACCAACCGAUUCUGGCGACGGCUCCACGAGGUGUACGGCACUCAGCUCCGCUUCUUCUCGUCUUACCAUCCUCAGACUGAUGGUCAGACCGAGAUCACGAACAGGACUCUCGGGGAUAUUCUCCGAAAGAUUGUUCGUGACGACCAGCAGUGGGAUCUCCAUCUUGCCCACGCGGAGAUAGCCUAUAACCACGCCGUCUCGCCAGCCACGGGGAUGUCACCUUACUAUUGCGACCUCGGCUAUCACCCGUGUGUUCCCGCGGACUUCCUUCGACCGUCCCAGAUGCACCCCGACACGAGUUGUCCCUCGCUGGAUGAUUGGGUUGCACACAUGACGUCGAUUAUGAAGACCGCACAUGAGCACAUACCCGCUUCCCAGACUCGCAUGGCAGCACGUGCGAACCGAUCGAGGAUGGAUCMCCCAUUCAAGGUCGGUGAUGAGGUGCUUAUCGAUGCCCGCCACUUAUAGCUCGAAGCGGACACGCUUCGCAAGUUUCGG